CGAAGUAAGACAAUAUCCGUCUUUCUUUCAAAUCUUACAAGAUCGUAUUUCUUUCAAAUCUUACAAGAUCCUACGGUCAAGAAUUAAAGCAAUCCAACGGCUGAAAACACCUCCGCCAUUGCUAUAAAUCACAAACCCUAAACCUGCAAUCCUCCUCUCUCUGCGUUGCAGUCUCUCAGACGAACUGCAAAGUAACCCCUCGCGGCGCGCAAAGUUCGCUCCCGCAACCAAAUCCAGCCACCAACGUAGUCGGAAACGUCGUAUUGAUUUGAUAUGCCGUCGGUGGUUGUAGCAGAUUCGCGAUCCUCCGAGACGAUUAAGAAGAUGAAGAAAGUUGGGUAUGGGGAGACGGAGGACGAGUUUAAUUCCGUCGAGCAGAAGAUCAAAAAGGAGAAGAAGUCCAAAAAGGGGGCUAAAGAAACCUCCGAGCCUGAACUUAACGAUUCUAAUCUCAGCGCCUCUCUGAAAAAGAAGAAAGAGAAGAAGCGGAAGGCUUCUGAUGUUGAUGGAGAUAGUAGUGAGGAUGGGAGGAGUGAGACUAGCUCUGAGAUUGUCGAGCCGGUUAUUAAUUCGGCUAAAAGGAAAAAGGUCGAAAUUGAUGUUGCAAAAGAGGAGAAUCCGAAUGCCGUCUCGAAUUUUCGGAUUUCGGAGCCGUUGAGGAAUGCGUUGAAGGCGAAGGGAAUUGAAUCGUUGUUUCCGAUUCAGGCAAUGACGUUUGGUAUGAUUUUGGAUGGUUCGGAUUUGGUUGGGAGGGCACGCACGGGGCAGGGUAAAACAUUGGCCUUUGUGUUGCCUAUACUAGAAUCUUUGAUUAACGGGCCGACAAAAACAUUGCGGAAAACUGGGUAUGGGAGAUCCCCUAGUGUUCUUGUGCUUUUACCUACUAGGGAAUUAGCCACACAGGUGUUUGCUGAUUUUGAAGUCUACGGUGGAGCAUUGGGGUUAAAUGCAUGUUGCCUAUAUGGGGGUGCUCCCUAUCAGCCCCAACAUGUUCAAUUGAAAAGGGGUGUCGAUAUUAUAAUCGGCACUCCAGGUCGCAUUAAGGAUCACAUAGAAAGGGGAAAUAUUGAUUUCGGUUCGCUGAAAUUCCGAGUUCUUGAUGAGGCUGAUGAGAUGUUGAGAAUGGGUUUUGUCGAAGAUGUUGAACUUAUUCUAGGCAAGGUGGAGGAUGCUAGCAAAGUUCAAACACUUCUUUUCAGUGCCACUUUACCUUCUUGGGUUAAGCAAAUAUCUGCUAAGUUCUUAAAACGUGAGAGAAAAACUGUGGAUCUUGUUGGUAAUGAGAAAAUGAAGGCUAGCACCAGUGUAAGGCAUAUUGUUAUUCCCUGCUCCGUUUCUGCGAGACCCCAGCUUAUUCCGGAUAUCAUUCGCUGUUAUAGCAGUGGAGGGCGCACAAUAAUUUUUACGGAGACCAAGGAUUCUGCUUCUACACUUGCUGGAUUACUUCCUGGAGCUCGUGCUUUGCAUGGAGAUAUACAGCAGGCUACACGAGAGGUGACCCUCAAUGGAUUUAGAUCCGGAAAGUUUUCAACACUUGUGGCUACCAAUGUAGCAGCAAGGGGAUUAGAUAUUGAUGAUGUGCAGUUGAUCAUUCAGUGUGAACCACCUCGUGAUGUGGAGGCCUAUAUUCAUCGUUCUGGUAGAACUGGGAGAGCUGGGAAAACUGGGAUUGCUGUAAUGCUUUUUGAUCCAAAGAAGUCGAACUUCUCUAGGAUAGAACGAGAAUCAGGUGUAAAGUUUGAACAUUUAUCCGCACCCCAACCUGCCGAUAUAGCCAAGGCUGCUGGUGCUGAAGCUGUUGAAAAAAUUACUGUGAUAUCCGAUAGUGUAAUUCCUGUGUUCAAGGCUGCGGCUGAAGAGCUAUUGAGCUCGACUGAUUUAUCCCCAGCUGACCUGCUCGCCAAGGCACUGGCAAAUGCUGCGGGCUAUACUGAGAUUAAGAGCAGAUCACUUCUCUCCUCGAUGGAAAACCACGUCACCGUCCUCCUACAGUGUGGAAAGCCUAUCUUCUCGCCAUCCUUCGCAUAUGGAGUUCUACGGAGGUUUUUACCGGAGGAGAAAGUCGAAUCUAUCAAAGGUCUCGCCUUGACGGCUGACGGGAAUGGCGCCGUAUUCGAUGUGGCUUCCAAGGAUCUCGAUCUUUUCCUUUCAGGUCAGGAUAAUGGUAGCGAUGUUAACAUAGAAGUGGUGAAAUCACUGCCGGCUCUGCAACAGAGAGAACAGCAGCAGCCAAGAGGGGGUAGGUUUGGUGGUGGCGGGAGGUUCUCAGGUGGCGGUCGCGGAGGCAGAAGCAGAGGAAGAGGUGGUGGUGGAAGGGGGCGCGGGAACAGCAACCACCACCAGCAGCAGCGCCGUAAAUGGUGAAGCUGAAAUUUUGUCACUACUCAUUCAUAUUAUUAUUGUUGGAAAAGAAAAAAUCUUGGUCUCAAUUCUUGUACUUGUUUUGUUUGAGUAAGUUAACAAUUUCAAGGAAACUUUAUCUGUAAACUCAAUAACCUUCUCUCUAUUAUAUACUAUACUAGUGGGAAACCAA